GAUCGUGGUUCGCGGUAGGCCCUUUGAUCUAGAUGACUCACUUGACAGAAGAAUGGGGAAUGGGGCGAUCCGGGCCAAAGAAUGCAAUUAUACUUACUUUACUCUUUGGAAUACAAUAUUCGCAAUUUGCGGGGAUUGUUCUCUGUCACUUUAAUUACGCCUUCAUUGGAGUAACAGAGAAAGAUCCUCGCAAUUUGCGAAUUUCGGUUUUUGCGGUAUGUCCCCGGGCCAUUGCAGGAGGCCUACCGAAAAAAUCGAAGUUCGUCAAUUGCGGGCAUUUUUCUCAGUCACUCUAAUUACGUCUAAGUGAGAGUAAAAGAGAAAGAUCUCCGCAAUUUGCGAAUUUCGAUUUUCCCGGUAGGCCCCCUGGUCGGACAAGGUCGCGUCCGGUACGCACGUCUGUUACAGUUUUCAAGCAUUAUGUCAAUGUCUUGACAGGGGAAGUCCCGAAUUUUUUCAUCAUCUUUCAUUGUUCAUUUCAUUCGUUUUCAGUUUGUGUUCGUGUAAACUCACUUUGAGCCCGACGGCCCGACGUCAUUAUUCGAGAACAGCAGAUUAUUAAAAAAAGUAUAAAUAACAUUAGUAAAUAAAAACCUCCGCCACAAGUUAUCGUGUAAGAGGAGUAAACAAAACACUAUUCCAUCAUGAAUAUUGUGGCGAAAAAACAGCACCGAGGCAAAAACUUGAAACUCGGCUUUUCUAUAAUAUUCAAAUAUGCAACGUCUACUGAAAAGUUAAGCGAGGUCUUCAAUAUCGAUGACUUAGCGGAGGUACGAUUUAAAUUCGUAUCAAGUACUGAUACCCUGAGUACAUUUUUGUCCAUAAAAAAACAUGCUUCAGCAAAGGACAUCACUGUAAAAGUAGAUGUUAAAAGUGAGGACCUAGGGUGCAUCCAACAAUGGGUAUGCACUGAGCAUUGGGUUGAUUGGCAAGAUAUGGGGGUAAAGCCGACUAUGACUCAGGUUGAUAAUUACUUGGUCGCUUUCCGAAUCAAUAUUACUCUGAUUGACGAGAAAUGUUUCAACGCUCCGAAUAUUUAUGAAGAUGACGACUUUACUGACUUUCAUCUCAGCACAGCCGAAGGCCGUGUGGCUGUGCACAGAGUUCACCUCGCUAGUCACAGCGAAGUGUUCAAGACAAUGCUCGGCCACGAGUGGAAGGAGACCGCUGAAGGAAAUAUACAAGUAGAGGGAGUAACGCUGCAGACUCUUAAGCAUCUGAAGCAGUAUAUCUACUUGGGCACCCUGCCUGAUGAUGGGCUGCGUCAACUGCUGCUCAUCGCUAGAUACUACCUGAUUGACAAUCUCAAGUCCGCGUGCAUUUCUAAGCUGGCCCGCACAGCAACGCCGGAAAACCUGGAGGACCUUCUGGAGUUCGCUAUCGAUAAUAAAAUAACGGAGUUGGCUUUAGCUAUUCUGCAGCUGACUCCUGAUGAUGUAGUAGAUGGAGCUUAUCAAAUGAAGAAAAAGGAGCCAGCAAGUGGGCAAAAACAGUAGAAAAUAAUUUAAUUUUAAAAUAACGUCUUUAACUAUUACUGUUCUUUCCUUUUAUUCAUUCUUAUGUUUUAAUGAUGACAAUUUCAUAUAAGAUGCUCUUGUAAUCAAUAUAAUCAUUACUAUCAUUAAUCUUACUAUUUCAUUAUCAGAUUAUUCCAUUAUAGCUAGGUAAUUUCAUAUCCUAAUUCUAUGAGAAUAAGAUCAGAGGACGAGAUAGACUUGAAAAUCCAUAAAUUGUGUAAUUCCGUAUAAAAGGAACCGUGCAGGGGUGAUCUCAAUCCUUGUCUAAGUCAAGUGAGUACCAAUUAAUCGCCAUAAGGUCUUUUUAUAUGAAACGACACAAUUACAUGUAUGAUUUUUUCUAACCUCAUUUAAAAUAAAAAAAUAAAAUUAAUUUAUUUCGGACAAUAAGGAAUCCAUAUAACGCAUACAACUUAUAUCUAAAUUACAUUAAAAUAUUUUAAUUAAAAUUCAAUCAUGUAUAAAACUUAAUUAAAAUUACAAUAUCUGAGCUCAC